CCCCGCUCUCUCUCCCUCUCUCUCUCUCUCUCUCGGGAAAGAUACACAGCCGCCGUCGACGGCGAUUGUCCGGCGCCGGGAUGGAGUGGUGGCAGAAGGCGGUCGUCGUGCCGGUGAAGCGCACGUGGAUCGUCCUCACCGCCCGGCUGCGCCGCAAGAAAGAUGACAGGCGCAGCUUCCUUGUGAAGCUUCACGACGACAUCCAGACGUGCGCGUACGAGGACGUGCAGGUGAUGUGGGAGAUGCUGCAAAGCUCGGAGACGGAGAGGAUGGCGCGCGAGGCCUCGCCCAAGGGCGCCCGCGCGCUCGUCUGGACGCGCCGCCACCACAAGAUGGACCCGCGCCGGCGCUGCAGCUGAUUGAGA